UCAUUCAUCUUGCCGCACUAAACCAAGAAUUUUUGGAGGAAUCUUUUUUGGGUUCAAUCGUGAUUUGGAAACGAAAAAACUCGUUCUAUGGAAACUGUUUCGAUUCCGUUUUGAUGAAAGUCUCAUCAUCCAUCAUGACCUACCACGAUUUCGUCAGUUACUUUUGGUGCAAUUUUCUUGCACGAGGUCUGAUCAUAACGUUGCAUAACGGAUCGAAAGUUUAGCUCUUCGUUUGAAUAGACUGACGCUUUCUGAUCUUCACUAGGUUAAUUAUCCUCACCAUUUGGUCGCGGUCUACCCCCGCUGGUCGAACGUGUCGGUCUCCUUGAAUAAUUCCAUCAUCCGGGAAAUUGUGGAAUGAUGGUUUCCGAACGAGACACGGUAGUAAAUUGAACUACUAACAUUUCAACGGUUAUAUGUGAAUUGAAAUUCCAAUAACGAUGAUUGCAAAAUCUGCAGACAAACUGGGAGCACUGAGAAGUUGUAUCUUAAUCCGAAGUAAUUCGCGGAACAUGUUGACAUGCAUAACUGUGAAUAUCUUUGAUGCAACUUCAAUGUUGACGCUCGGUUUGCACUCAAUCGUCCACAGCUGUUGAACGCUAAUGUCCUACAAAGUUUGUUCGUUAUUCGUGCUAUUCCUGAUGAGUACAGCGCUACUGUCCCAGUAUACUGAGGAAGCAAUAGACUACGAGUUAUGUCACUGUCCGUGCACCAACCUAGCGGCGGCUGAAAUCGAGUCGCUCUAUCAAGGCAACAAUAACUGCGUGGUAUUCUUUAGCACCCUUGACAAGGGACUACUGUAUUCUUCGGAUCAAUAUUUUGGAGACAUAAGGCGUGUGUACCAAGACAUAUCGGGAGAGCAACGGUAUCCGUACAGUGCCUACUGGAAAAUCUACUAUCCCUGGCGAAAUGUGAGCGACACGGAUGACGUUCCCUUGGUCAUACAGAAUAUCCAAACGCAAGAGUACAUGAUGGCAUCGAACAACAAAGUGGCACACAAGUAUCGCGUUGUAGCGACAUACUCAGCUCUAAUCGAGGUUAGUCUCUGGUUAUUCUACGACGGAAGGGACAACAAGUUCCGAAUACAGAACCAAAUAGUGGGGCAGUGGUUAUUCGGAGACGACCAGUACAAAGACGGUUGGGAUGAAGGAAAAAUGUUACUUGGCAGCAUGGACUUCACCAAUCAUGAUGAAAUUCCGGAAGAGUAUGAAUUUUUCCUACACUCGUGCCGCGUGUGAUGAUAGUAAAGUGGAUAAAUUUUAUAUGAUGUAACUUUUGCAGAAAAAAAAUACAUUGCAUAAGGGAACAGAGGCUUCGUUCAAAGGUUUAUUAUGUACUCUUAAUUCAAUAAGGCCAAAUAAUUAAAGAAGCUUCUUGAAAAUCAUGAUUUGCGGUGUCCACUGUAUCUCAGCGCAGACUAAUCAGAAGUGAACAAAUGAACGCAGCAUAGUUAGAGAAGA